AUGACCCGCAAAGACUCCGGUCCAACCGAGAGCCGCAAUCUGCUGAUCAAAAGCUUCAAUUCUGACUUAGUCAGAAGCAACAAUCCCCACCAACCAGCGCAGUUCUUGUUCGUUGAUGGUCCGUCGCUGGGUCGAGGGGACAACGAUUCCAGAUCCCGUAACACGCGCUCGGCGUUCAUUCGACGCCGAAUUUCAGAAAAGAAGAAUACAUACCGACAGGAGGAAGAAACCAAGAGACAGGAAUUGAUCGUUAAACACCAAGCAUGGCGAGAGUGUGUCUGUUGGGGAACGGUCAAGGGCCAGGCGCAAAGCCAGGGAAUCAGAGAUAGGCCAAUAGUAUCACAAACGCCAAACGGUGGCGGCAGUGGUGUCGGCAUGUGUAGCAGUUGUGGGGGAUCAAUCCCUGUGUCCCACCAGGCGCAUGGCAGCAGCUCCCCGGCCCUGUCUAUGAGCCCUAGCACUGGGAGGGCAGACCCCUUUGCAGCGGUGGAUCCAAGCCUCCGGCCAGGUGUGGAUGGCCUGCUCCAGUUUGCGGUCAUGAACAUCUGGCCCAAUUUUCGCCGUUCCAAUUACGCAAUGAGAUGCUAUCAAUCAUGGAUAGCACCGAAUUGGGAAAAUAAACUAUUCAUCUAUAGCACCCUAUGGGCGGCUUCGUACCAUCGUGACGUCCUGCGUAUCAGCUACGGUUCCGAUCCAGUGUUGGACAUCAAGGACCAGCUGUACUACAAAGGGCUAAUCCUGAGUAUGCUACGCGAGCAUGUGACUGAAUUUACCAAGGAAGAAUGGCGAGAUGGAGUUAUUAUGGCCAUCUUGUAUCUGGCUGUCAACGAGACCGAGCGACGAGAUCUCACUCGCGACCCAAGCCCGUUUACGCCCCCUUUCACGGAUAUGCAAUCGCUGUCAUUUUAUGGCAGUCGGGACUAUCACACUAUGCAUUGGGGUGUCAUCUGUAACCUGAUCCACCAGCUGGGUGGAAUCCAUACCGUCAAGCUAUUUGCUCUGGGUUGGUUGAUCUCAAUCUCGGAUCUAAUGAGCGCCGUCCACUCUCUAACGAAACCACUUUUCCCGCUGGUUGAUGUUGAAGGCAACCUGACUUAUUUUCUACCUCCUCUGCGCGCCUUUCCCUUCCCGGGUGACCCAUCCAGGGUCACAAAACUCGGAUUUAGGACUUUUCUAUCCGCCCGCCCCCCGGUGAAAGAGGGCAUUGUAGACGUCUUCCUCCACCUCGGCGUAUAUUCCAUGCUCAUACAAGGGCGCUACCGUCAACGACUUGAUCCCACGGAUUGCGACCGUUUCGCUGAUUUUCGCAAUUUAGUCCAUCACGCCCUAUUCGGCCUACCUAAUGAGCAUGAUCCCGUUGAAACUAUUCUUGAUACGUGUGACUCGUCUUCUAAUGAUACUUUUGUAUCCCGUGAGCUUUACCUUGCCUGCCGAUUAGCAGCAAACUUAUAUGCAACGCAUGUUACCUUUCCUGUCCCACGAUCAUCCCUACUUCGGGCAAUGAUUCUUCCGCUUCUUACCGACAAGCUCGACCAAAUAACGCAGAUCAUGUCGAGUCCAUUGCUAUUGUGGUGUGCGACCGUGGCGGCUAUCGCGGCAGAAGGGAUGUCAGAGUACUCCAAGCUCACGGUACAUGUUAAAGACCUGUGUCAUGAGUUGGAGGUCACAUCAUAUAUUCGAUUUCUCGAAAUUCUGCAAUCCUUUGCCUGGGUGGAAGUCGCAUGCUGCGAGGGAUGUUAUCGCCUAUGGCAAGGAUUAGCAGUCCCUGAAGCAGGCGAGCGCCUGAAGAUAUCUACAGCAGACGCUGUGUAA